AUGGCGGCCCUCAGCAAGUCCAUCCCGCACAGCUGCUACGAGAUCGGCCACACCUGGCAGCCCUCCUGCGGGGGCUCCUUCCUGCAGAUCACCCGAGGGGCCCUGGAGGAGUCCCUCAAGAUCUACGCCCCCCUCUACCUGAUUGCAGCCAUUCUCCGGAAACGAAAACUAGAGUACUAUGUACACAAGCUGCUACCUGAGAUCUUACAGUCAGCCUCAUUUUUGACGGCGAAUGGAGCCUUAUACAUGGCUUUCUUUUGCAUCUUAAGGAAGAUCCUUGGAAAAUUCUACUCCUGGAGUCCUGGCUUUGGAGCUGCUCUCCCAGCCUCUUACGUGGCCAUUUUGAUUGAAAGGAAAAGCAGGAGAGGCCUGCUGACAAUUUAUAUGGCUAAUCUGGCAACAGAAACAUUAUUCCGGAUGGCAGUAGCGAGAGGAACCAUCACGACAUUAAGAAAUGGAGAAGUCCUUUUGUUCUGCAUCACAGCUGCUAUGUACAUGUUCUUUUUCAGGUGCAAGGACGGCUUGAAGGGAUUCACAUUCUCUGCACUUCGGUUCAUUGUCGGGAAAGAAGAAAUCCCCACGCAUUCAUACUCACCGGAGGCAGCAUUUGCAAAAGUGGAACAAAAGAGAAAGCCACAGGAGGAGAAAUCAAGAAGAAUGAACAUAAUCGCCCUGGCCAAGAAACGUGUGGAUUCCAUAUGCAAACUUGGACCGAGACAUAGAUGUUGCAAGCACUAUGAAGAUAACUGCAUCUCCUACUGCAUUAAAGGCUUCAUCAGAAUGUUUAGCGUGGGUUACUUGAUUCAGUGCUGCCUCCGAAUCCCAUCUGCAUUCAGGCAUCUGUUUACAAAACCAUCCCGGCUUCUCUCUCUGUUUUACAACAAGGAAAACUUCCAGCUUGGAGCUUUUCUUGGUUCUUUCGUCAGUAUUUACAAGGGUACCAGUUGCUUCCUGCGCUGGGUGAGAAACCUGGAUGAUGAGCUACACGCUAUCAUAGCUGGGUUCCUGGCGGGGAUUUCUAUGAUGUUUUACAAAAGUACGACCAUCUCCAUGUACCUAGCUUCCAAGCUGGUGGAGACUUUAUACUUCAAAGGCAUCGAAGCAGGAAAGGUUCCCUACUUUCCCCACGCAGACACCAUCAUCUAUUCCAUCUCCACGGCGAUAUGCUUUCAGGCGGCGGUCAUGGAAGUUCAGACCUUGCGGCCGUCCUACUGGAAGUUCCUGUUGAGGCUUACCAAGGGCCGGUUUGCUCUGAUAAAUAGAAAAGUCCUAGACGUAUUCGGCACUGAAGCAUCGAAGCACUUUCCAGACUUUACCCCUCGACUGGAUCCGAGAUACACGACCGUGACCCCGGGGCUGCCUGUCGAAUUAUCCUGAAGACCACUCUUCCCCCGCGAUUAAAUGUGAGGACUGUUUCGUCCUGGAGAGUUGAUGAACUUAAGUCGAACAGAAAGAAGAGGGCUGCUGCUCCACUUCAGCGUUAUUUCAACAAGAAAUGCUUUUUUUUUUUUUUUUACCAAUCAGAAAUACUGGAGCUUCGUAGGAAGAUAUGGCUUAAUAAUUAAGCUCCCUCCAGAGCCAGGGUGUGAUUUCGGGUCACUGGAGUGGGAGGGUCAUAUUGUAGAUUCUUGAUUCAGAUGUGUCCGUGAGUAAUGUAAAAUGAUCUAUAGACAAAGAAAUCACCUAUAAGAGUAUACUUAACACCUUAAAAUACCUUUUGUCCAUUCCAAUAUAUUUCUUAGUCCAACUGAGAAUAUAUCCCAUUCUAGGCCCUUAUAAUAGAACAGAAUUAUAAGUUACUAUUGACUUUGUUGUUAUUGUUACUAUUCUUGAUUGAUGGCCAUUGUGGUGAAACGGUCUGGAUUUGAAGUAGCCAUGUGAAAUACUUGCUACUCUGUCCCAGAGGAAUUGAAAUAGAAGGACCAUAGUUUCUUUAGGGUCGUGGCAGAGACGGCAGAUGUUGGCCGACAACGUGGUGUCCACUAAACGAAGCCGCUUCUGAAGUCCGGCCACCACCAGUCGUAUCUUCUUCCGAGCCGGG